AUUUAUAAUGUAUUUAAAAUUUUAAAAAUAUACACAUGAUGGUCCUCGCGAAGACUGCGAAGUCCAGAGGCUACCCACUCCGCAUUGUAGAGAACCAAAGCACAACCUGCGCUCGCCGGCGAACUGAGACACUCCGCGAUCAUGGCUGCUCAUCUACGAUCACUCUCUCUCUUCUUUCUCUUCGUUUUCGCUUCAAAUCACGUUUCUGCUGACCAGAACCUCGUCCUCGAAGAUGGGUACACAGUGGCGACUCUGCUCGACGGCCACAAGCUGAACAUCAAUCCUCACUCGAUCCAUCCUCGUUCCGGAUUGUCUAAUUUUCUAGUUCUUGAUUCCUCCGGUAGCGCCUUCUACACCGUGUCAUUUUCCGCUACGCAAGAGAGUGUGAUCAAGCGGUUUUCCGGUAAUGGCAAGGGGUUCUCGGACGGAGACUUGGCUUCUGCUCAGUUCGAUCAGCCGCGAAGCUUUGCGGUUGAUCUGAAGGGGAAUGUGUACGUUGCGGACAGGAAAAAUUUUGCUAUUCGGAAGAUCAGCGAGUCAGGUGUUACCACAAUUGCUGGAGGUAUUUCACACAAAAUUGGAAAUGCAGAUGGGCCUGCACAAAAUGCAUCAUUCUCAACUGACUUUGAGCUAGUUUUUGUUCCUGAAAAGUGUGCCUUACUUAUUCCUGAUCACGGGAAUAAAUUGGUGCGCAUGAUUAAUUUGAAACCAGAGGAUUGUGCAAGAGGCUCUCAAUCCACACUGGGACUGACCUCAGUUUGGAUUCUGGGACUUGGAUUGUCAUGUUUAGUCGGCUUAAUUAUUGGGUUUGCAGUUCGUCCUUAUAUAACCCCUCAUACAGGAAGGGUCCAACCGCCUCUGUGCCAGCGAGACAUGGAAGCAUUGCCUAAUCCGUCUGGGGAAACAAGUACUGAUGCUCUUCUUCGACAUCAGAAGCGCAAUUGCUAGUUUGAAACCAUAUGCUGUUAUGACGAAGCUUGUUUCAUUGAGCUUAUCCCAUCUUUCUCUUAUGCUUAGAGUAGUGCCCAUUGUAGAAUCUCAAAUUUCAAGUAGGGAAUCUGUCUCUUUGCCUGAUGCUGAUGACUCAACUUGUCGCGGCAUAACAAAGUCGCAGAUGUUUAACGACCAAUUGAAGGAUUUGAUAUCUUUUGACGAGGGCCUGGAAUCAUCAAACCCACUAAACAAAAGCCUUGAAGGAGAUGAGAAUCAAGAUAGGAGUGAUAUUUUAUCUGAAAGUAAUGGAAGGAUAGACAAGGUGAUAAAAGCUAACAUCAUGGGCUUUGCUGAGCAGGCCAAUAAAGGGUAUCCACAAGAUGGGUAUUUGGUGGGUAGUUCAGGUUUGUACAGGCGUAGGUGAAAGUGGUAAAAUGCUUGUGAUAUAUUCUCUCUUUAGACGACUAUCUAUGUAAAUGUUUGAACAUGUUUCACCCCCAUUUGACCAGUUAACUGGUUAUGUGCUUGGGGUCCCGUUGCCAUCGAGAAGAAACUCAGAAACUCUUAUAACUUGAUGAUUAUCCAAAUUAGAAAUGUAUAAUUGUGUGUUGUGACAAAA